AUGUCGUUGGCACCCUACUACUAUAGACCACUCACGCCUCCAGAGGCCACCGGUGCUGCUGGCCAGCGUGGUGACACUCGGAAUCUGUCAAGCUCGUCAUACUGCACACUUGACACCUCACCUGAACCAGUAAUUACAGUUAAUUCAACCCCGAGUCGGUCGCCAGUUCUUCGUCAGCAUGGCCCGACCUUGCUUCCAAAGAUCAGAACACAGGAUUCCUCUUUGGAGCCUCCAGCGGCUUAUCGACGAACCUCGUCCUCUACCAACAAACAUGCACGGCCUGCCAUGUACAGGAGCGCGACCGAACCUGUGGAGUGUGUUCCUAUGAUCUCGCCAGUCUCCAAUGCUUCUCAUUCGCGAUCCAACUCACUGAUCCCAUCACCGACUCUAUCGAAAGCACAGCUUACUGUGCCCGUCAAGACACAUUCCCGCUCAACUUCAGCUUCAAGCAUCGACAGUAACGUGCUGAAUCGUUUUGGCUAUCCGACUUAUCGUCAGCUCCCAGUCUAUAUGUCUCAGAGCCAGCAGACCCCUUCACCUGAUCUCUUUGCGACCACCUACAUGCCAUGUACAAACUUACCCAUGCCUGAGCCUCCUAUGAUCAAUCUAGAAGGCACUUUUGACAUGCCAAUUGAUCUCGAUGCUAUCUCGCGUCCUUGCUCCAUGAGUCCACCUCCCAUGCUUGCGCCUGUCUCGACUACCAGCUUGCUCAGCUAUCUGACUCAGUCGACCCAGCCAAUCAAUUUGGUUCGACAUCUCACCGUUCAGACAGGCCGUGGUCUUUGCAAUCACUUCUGGUGGGAUGUGCGCAACAUUCGACCCUGGAAGUCCUUCAACUUGCAGACUAUGGCGACCAUCCCGGAUCUUCUCACUUUACUGAAUUUCCAACAUGACACAGCAUGUUUCCCGCUCACCCAGACAAACACCAACACCGUAACUCCUGCAUCGGAAGCCGACCUCGCCAAUCUCAUCUUCAAGAUCUACUUUCCCAAGGUCAAUGCUGCGACCCGGUUGUCUCUCGGGAACAACUCUAUCUCUCUCUAUCCGGCUCCAACUCCUACUGGCUCCGGGGUGAGCGCGAACGCCGCCAACAUCCCCACUUUCCUUGCCAACUACCCUAGUGACAAUGAUCGAACCCUGUCGGGACUUCCACGGGGUCGUGUCGUUGGCUUGGUACGCUCGUUUGAUCGCUGGAACACUGGCAUGCGCCGUGAAGGCCCAGCCCGGAAAGUAGAGUAUUUGCGGACGCUGGCGCAUCUGCAGAAAUGCAUGCGUGAUCACAGUUGUCGUUAUGGAUUUAUCAUCACCGAGAUCGAGCUCGUCUGCGUCCGUGCCGGCUGCGACGAACGAGGCCAGCCAUAUUUUGGUUUCCUCGAGGUUGCGGAGGCCGUGGAGACCAAGACUUUCGCCCGAAAAGAUGGUGGCGCUCUCAUGGGAAGGGGUGACGGCGAAGUCAGCAUGACGGUCACGUUAGCUUUGUAUUAUCUUCUCAUGCUCGCCAAGUCGACCCCGUUGCCAGGCCAGCCAGCCAGUUUCAUGGAUGUCGGCGGCCCAGGUGCGUUGACAAGGCAGAGAGUCUGGGAUGGUGGAAAUGGAGUCAACACCGUUAGUGUUGACGAGGAUGGAGAUGUUGAGGAAUUGGGCAAAGAUGGCAAGGAUAAAUGGAUCCCCGAACCGCAGAUGGGCGAGAAGAGAGAAGCAAGAACCGUCAGAGGCUGGGUCUGGCCGAGUGAUCCGUGGCACAAGAGAGAAGGUGAACGUGGCGAGCGUGGAGGUGCUGCGAGAGGUGGAAGACGAGGGUAA